AUGGUCAGCUUGACGUGCACUACGUGUGCCACCACUGUAGAUGAUGUGGAAAUGCUCAAACAUUUGUCCUCCACGAGGCACAAAACAGUCCAGUACGACCCACUUGAAGAACUUGUGGCGUGUGAAGAUUGCAGUGACACAAACAUACAUCAGUUGGUCCUACUGAGGAUUGGCCUUUCCGAUAUGGCGCUCUUGUGCCAGCCGUGUUUGGCCAAGGACGAAACUCCCUCUACCCAGUACUCUCUUAGCAAUGGGUCUUUGCUCAAGAAGCUCCCUGACUACUACAAAUUCAGAGACAUAGAAUGUAAAUUCUGUGGUGCCGAGAAGUAUCUUGGUGUAGCGAAUCUUCCAAAGGAGCAAAUAAUAGUAUGUCGCAGAUGUCUGGAUAAGAUAGAGAACAAACUGGUGAAAAUCGUUUCUGAAGAUAGCGACGACUUCCUUUAUGCCUUACUAGGCAUUAAAGAAUUUGUCCCACUGAAGCUGAAGCUGAGCGGGAAGGGAAGAGGUAGAAAAAUUGGAAGAAAAGGUGGUAAAGGUGGUAAAAGAGGACCCCCAAGAAGUUCGGGCCCUAAGUCAGACAAUGAUGGAGAAGAAAAGUCGCAUUUCCACACUGCUAGGGCAGCAGCUUUUGCAAUCAAAAGUGGACAGACCGUACUUGCUGUGGGCUCUAGUGGAGUUUCUCCAAAUCAGAGCAAGGGAAAUUCUAAGGCGAGCUCGAGGACAAACUCUAGAGUUCAAUCAAGAAGUACCACACCAGUCCCUUCGGGUAAUGGUGGGUCCAAGAAUGGUCCCAAAGGAGCAAAGGGCCAUAAAGUAAGUGGUGCUAAAGAUUCUAAAGCUGCUCCAAGGCCCUUCGGAACAAAGUCUGAUGUUACACUGGCGAAAAAGGGCUCUUCUAAGAGUAACGUAGAUGUAGCUUCAAGCAAAGAGCAGCACCAAAAUGGUCCUACUAAGAAAGCAAAUAAACCUGCUCACGAACCUAAAACAUCUGUCUCAUCAUCUAAGACGCAAGAAAGAGUUUCAAAAGAUUAUUCACCAAAUGAAAAGACAACUAGUAAGGCUUCUGCUAAACAAGAUGAUUUCAAAUCAAACGAUGCUAGGAAUUCCAAGGGGUCAAUUUUAAAGCACCCAAAAAGUAAAAAUGGGGCACCACCCGUUGCAAAAGGAAGAAAAGUCGACGUGAAGAAAGAAUUGAAGAAAGAUACUAAGAAGGAUACGAAAAAGGACGGGAAAUCAGAGGGGAAAAGUGAUGCAAAAAAUACAGUGAAACCUCCGCCCAAGGGAUCUACCCUUGUUAUCCCUCCACACCUUGAGGUAUAUCAACCUGCAGAGGAACCUCCACUCACUUAUGAUUCCAUGGAUCAAUAUUUCCGAGAAAUCUCUUACAAUCUCUUUUUGGAAGAAAAAUUAAGUGUACCCAAUAGUCAUAACGUUUUUAUCAACCCCGAAGAUAUGGCAUUGGCAUGGUAUGCUGACCAAGACAAGAAACAUAAACAAUUCAAGGUUAAUAUUUUACUUUCGGAAGAUAUUUUAAAUAGAUUGAUGAGUAAGAAAAUGCAACAAGUGAAAAAAACUCCAUUUUCCGUUAAUCAAUCGGUCUUUUUGAUGCUUGGAGAAGACAUAGCUUGGUAUGGUAACAUUGUCACUGCUGAAGCAAGAAGUGCGCAGAAGGGACGUCGUGGUGGUGUGAAAAUAUUUGAAAUGGUUGUUGAAUUGUACAAGUGGAAUAAUCAACCAUUACCUACCACAGUUGACAUAAAAUGGCUUAAAAUACUACCAGCCUCCAUUCCAGUUAGUAGAGUGUUCAUGGCCAUGUCCAGAAUAGAAAAUCCAAAAUUUAUCAAGAUGAUCUUGGGUAAAGAACCAAUUAAACAGAUUGUAUUUAGAAAUUUCCUUAAGUUCACCAAAGAUACUUUUAAUGAUUCCCAAAAAGUCGCAAUCCAAUCUGUCUUGAACAACUCUAUCACGGUAUUGCAAGGUCCACCAGGUACAGGGAAGACUUCUACUAUUUAUGAAAUUAUUCUUCAGUUGUUGGACAACUUGAGCACAUAUCCCAUCUUGGUAGUCGCCGCUUCAAAUAUUGCUAUCGAUAAUAUCGCAGAGAAGUUAAUUAAGGAUCACGAAAGAUCAAUUCUAAGGAUUGUGUCAAAUGAAAAGGAAAAGGAAUAUACAAGAGAUCAUCCCUUAGGUUCGAUUUGUUUACACCAUAAGGUAUACGAUUCGUUGCCAAAUAACUUGAAGGAAACUAUUCAAGAUAUGAGAAAUCCAAGGGCCACUGUGAGUCAAAACCAAUUUAAAAAGCUUUUGACACAACAAAUUGAUGUAAGUGAUACUUUGAUUGCACAAGCCAAGGUCAUCUUUACUACGACUGUCGUUGCAGGAGGAAACCAAUUGAAAUCCGUCAAGAAAUUGCCAGUCGUAAUUAUGGAUGAGGCUACUCAAUCUUCAGAGCCAACAACAUUAAUUCCAUUGUCUAUGCCUGGUGUGGAGAAGUUUGUAUUCGUUGGUGAUCAAAAGCAAUUGAGUAGUUUUUCUCAAGUACCUAAUCUAUCAUUAUCUCUUUUCGAAAGAGUAUUACUUAAUGGAACUUAUAGAACACCGCAUAUGUUAGACACUCAAUACCGUAUGCACCCUGCAAUCAGUGACUUCCCAAGGAGAAGAUUUUACAAUAGUUUAUUGAAAGAUGGUAUUUCCAGCGAGCAACGUCAAAUGGAUAAAAUACCAUCAAAUCCAGUAUAUUUCUGGGAUACUCAGGGUAAGCAUGCUGAAGGAAGGGUAAGAAUAGGAUUCCGCGAAGAUCGAGGUUUUACUUAUUCAAACCCUGGUGAAAUUGGUUUGAUUACUGAAGUCUUAACCAAAUUGAUCUUUGAAAAGGGAGUAUCGAAAUCAGACAUAGGUGUUAUCACACCAUAUAGAGGACAGAGAGAUUUAAUUUCAUCAGUUUUGGUCAAAAAUGAACUAAUCAAUCCAGAGCACAAUGAUAUUCUUGUUGAAGUCGACAGAGAUGACAUAUACAAUGAUUCUAAGCCUGUGACCAUUCACACUGUAUCUGAUAUAAUGAUCGCAUCAAUUGAUGCAUUCCAAGGCCGUGAAAAGAACUUCCUUAUUAUGUCAUGUGUUAGAUCCAAUGUUGAAAAUAAAAUUGGGUUCUUGAGUGACGAGAGAAGAUUAAAUGUUGCCUUAACUAGAGCUAAGUAUGGGUUGAUUAUAAUUGGUGAUGUCGAAUGCUUAAAGAAGGGAGACUCAUUGUGGAAUGAAUACUUAGAAGAUCUCAAGCUGAAAGAGAGUAUUCAUACUUCAAAGGAAUUUACAUAUUAA